AUGAUUUUUAAUUUAACUAUCUUUUUUUUUUUGUGUAUGUUACCGUUUAAUUUUUUUAAAGAUAAUAUAUUUACCCUUUCAUAUAGGAUUAUAAAUAAAAAUAAUUAUUUAAAUAAUAGUAAAUACAUCCAUUUUAGUAAAGCUCUUUUUGAAAAAUAUUACAAUAUUAAUUAUAUAAAUAUAAGAAAUAAUAAAAUAAUAAAAGAAAAAGAAGAAAAACUUUUUUCAAAAAGUUUUCAUCAGAAAACACGAGAAGUAAUUGAAAUUGGUCAGAAAAUACGUACAUCAACAAUGGAAGAACAUAACAAAAGUGAUGAGAAAAAUAAUAUAAAAUUAGAGAAGGAAGUUAAUGAGCAAGUGAAAGAUAUGAGUACAAUAAAUACUAAAAAAGAAAAUGAAGAAAAAAGUAGAAACAUUGUAAAAACUGAGAAAAAUAAUGUAUCAGAAAAAAGUGUGAUAAAAAAAAAAAUAGAUAAAAAGGGAAUAAAAAAAAAAAAGUCAGAAAUAUCAACAAAUAGUACAUCAUAUCCACCGAUUCCUAGUAGUCUUGAAAAAAGAUGGGAUGAUUUUAAAAAAAUAAAAGAUUAUGCAAAAAAAACAAAUGUAUAUUUAGGAGCUCAUAUAUCAGCUUCUGGUGGAGUACAAAAUGCACCUGUUAAUUCUUUUAAUAUUUCGGGUUUAUCAUUUGCUUUAUUUUUAAAAAAUCAAAGAAAAUGGGAAAGUGCAUCUUUAACUUCUGAUAAUAUUAAGAAAUUUGAAGAAAAUUGCAAGAAAUAUGAAUACGACAAAAAUUUGAUCUUACCUCAUGGAUCAUAUCUAAUAAAUUUAGCUAACCCAGAUAAAGAAAAAAGAGAAAAAUCGUAUUUAUCCUUUUUAGAUGAUAUUAAAAGAUGUGAACAAUUAAAAAUAAAAAUGUAUAAUUUCCAUCCUGGUUCUACUGUUGGUUUAUGUUCCGUUGAAGAAGGAAUAAAAAAUAUAUCUGAUUGUAUAAAUAGAGCUCUUAAAGAAACAUCUGGUGUUACAAUAGUUUUAGAAAAUUCAGCAGGGCAAAAAAAUUCCAUAGGAUCAAAAUUUGAGCAUUUAAGAGAUAUUAUAAAUCAAGUUAAUGAUAAAAGCCGUAUAGGAGUAUGUUUAGAUACAUGCCACACCUUAGCAGCUGGUUAUAAUAUAAAAUCGUAUGAAAGUUUCGACAAAGUAAUGAAGCAAUUUGAUGAAAUAGUAAAUGCAAAAUAUCUCAAAGCUGUUCAUCUAAAUGAUUCUAAAUCUGAUAUAGGAAGUGGAUUAGAUAGACAUGAAAACAUUGGAAAAGGAAAAUUAACUAUAGAUACAUUUAAAUAUAUUAUGAAUUCCAAUUAUUUUAAAAAUAUUCCAAUAAUCCUAGAAACACCAGAUGUAACAAAUGAUGAAUCAGUUUAUAAAUACGAAAUUGAAUAUUUAUAUAAGCUAUGUUUAAUGUAA